AUGACGGACUCCAAGUACUUCACCACCACAAAGAAAGGGGAGAUAUUUGAGCUGAAAGCGGAGCUGAACAGUGACAAGAAGGAGAAGAAGAAGGAGGCCGUGAAGAAGGUGAUAGCAUCCAUGACCGUCGGCAAAGACGUCAGCGCGCUCUUCCCGGAUGUGGUCAACUGCAUGCAGACCGACAACCUGGAGCUGAAGAAGCUGGUCUACCUCUACCUGAUGAACUACGCCAAGAGCCAGCCAGACAUGGCCAUCAUGGCAGUCAACACCUUCGUGAAGGACUGUGAGGACCCAAACCCACUGAUCCGGGCUCUAGCUGUGCGGACCAUGGGCUGCAUCCGUGUGGACAAGAUAACGGAGUAUCUCUGUGAGCCCCUGCGGAAGUGCCUGAAGGACGAGGACCCUUACGUGCGCAAGACGGCCGCUGUCUGCGUGGCAAAGCUCCACGACAUCAAUGCCCAGCUGGUGGAGGACCAGGGCUUCCUGGACACCCUUAAAGACCUCAUCUCGGACUCCAACCCCAUGGUAGUGGCCAACGCAGUAGCGGCGCUCUCGGAAAUAGCAGAGUCUCACCCGAGCAGUAACCUCCUGGACCUCAACCCCCAGUCCAUCAACAAGCUGCUCACGGCCUUGAACGAGUGCACCGAGUGGGGCCAGAUCUUCAUCCUGGACUGCCUGGCAAACUACAUGCCCAAGGAUGACCGGGAGGCCCAGAGCAUUUGUGAGCGAGUGACACCCCGGCUGUCCCACGCCAACUCGGCGGUGGUCCUCUCGGCCGUCAAGGUGCUGAUGAAGUUCAUGGAGAUGCUGUCGAAGGACCUGGAUUAUUACGGCACGCUGCUCAAGAAGCUGGCCCCGCCGCUGGUCACCCUGCUCUCCGCAGAGCCCGAGCUGCAGUACGUGGCGCUCCGCAACAUCAACCUCAUCGUGCAGAAGAGGCCUGAGAUCCUGAAGCACGAGAUGAAGGUGUUCUUUGUGAAGUACAACGACCCCAUCUACGUCAAACUGGAGAAGCUGGACAUCAUGAUCCGCCUGGCUUCCCAGGCCAACAUUGCCCAGGUGCUGGCUGAGCUGAAGGAGUACGCCACGGAGGUGGAUGUGGACUUCGUAAGGAAGGCGGUUCGAGCCAUCGGCCGCUGUGCCAUCAAGGUGGAGCAAUCAGCGGAGCGCUGUGUCAGCACUCUGCUUGACCUCAUCCAGACCAAGGUCAACUACGUGGUGCAGGAGGCCAUUGUCGUCAUCAAGGACAUCUUCCGCAAGUACCCCAACAAGUACGAGAGCGUGAUCGCUACCCUCUGCGAGAACCUCGACUCCCUGGACGAGCCCGAGGCCCGGGCUGCCAUGAUCUGGAUCGUGGGAGAGUACGCCGAGCGGAUCGACAACGCUGAUGAGCUGCUGGAGAGCUUCCUGGAGGGCUUCCAUGAUGAGAGCACCCAGGUCCAACUGCAGCUGCUGACGGCCAUCGUGAAGCUGUUCCUGAAGAAGCCCACGGAGACGCAGGAGCUGGUGCAGCAGGUUCUGAGCCUGGCCACUCAGGACUCCGACAACCCCGACCUGCGGGACCGUGGCUACAUCUACUGGCGCCUGCUCUCCACCGACCCCGUGGCAGCCAAGGAGGUGGUGCUGGCGGAGAAGCCCCUCAUCUCCGAGGAGACGGAUCUGAUCGAGCCGACGCUGCUGGACGAGCUGAUCUGCUACAUCGGGACGCUGGCCUCCGUCUACCACAAACCGCCCAGCGCCUUCGUGGAGGGGAGCAGAGGGGUUGUGCACAAGAGCUUGCCCCCGCGAACGGGCUCGUGA